AUGGCAUCUAACGGCACUUCUACGCCCUCGAGCGUCACCCCUACGCGUACCAAGAUCUGCGUCUACUGCGGUUCGUCGGCAGGAAACAAGCCAGAGCAUGUAGAAGCUGCGCGGGCACUAGCCCGGGUCAUGGCUGCCAACAACAUGGCACUCGUAUACGGAGGCGGCACAGUCGGACUGAUGGGCGAGGUGGCCAAGACACUAGUCGCUCUCUCCGGGCCGGACGCGGUGCACGGCAUCAUCCCGGAGGCGCUGGUGCGGUACGAGCGGGACCCGACGUACACGUCGAAGCAGGUGAACGACGCCUCGGGCACGCACAUGGCCGUCCCGGAGGAGGCCGUGUUCGGGCGGACGACCAUCGUCAAGGACAUGCACACGCGCAAGCGGCUGAUGGCGCAGGAGGUGAUCGACGGCGGGCCCGGGAGCGGCUUCGUGGCGCUGAGCGGCGGCUACGGCACGCUCGAGGAGCUGUUCGAGACGGCGACGUGGAACCAGCUCGGCAUCCACAACAAGGGCAUCUGCGUGCUCAACAUCAACGGCUUCUACGACGGGAUCUUGACCUGGAUCAACAAGAGUGUCGAGGAGGGGUUCAUCCAUGGGGGGAACAAGAGCAUCCUGGUGGAGGCGAAGACCGCCGAGGAGGCUAUCACGGCCUUGAGGGAUUACAAGGUUUCGGAGGCGGUAUACAAGCUCUCGUGGAGCAACCAGUAG